AUGGCCGCUAUCGCCCCCAUCACCGGCAUGCUCCGCCGCAGCCUGGUCCUUGACCUGAGCACAGCCUUCGGUGAGUCCCUACCCAUGACCAUCUCGGGAUCACAUCCGAAAUCUGGACAGAGCAAGAAUUUCUCCGGAACCCCGGUAUUGGGAAACGAUAUCAGCAUAGUGAACCAAUCGCUCCAGCUGAGAAUCAGCAAUGACACUUUCUCAACUUUUCACUAUAUCAAGAGGCUGACAGAGCCGUGUUUGUAUUUAGGCUUCGGUACCACUUUCGGCUACCUCUGGUGGUACGGCUACCACCUGCCCCGCGUCCGCGCCCGUGACAACUACUACACUCGUCUGGAGCAGGAGCGCGCUGCCCAGCAGGCAUAG